AUGGCUCAGGACAGUAUUGUGACAUGUGUACCACCAGUUCAGUACGGCUUCCCUGCGGCCCACAGCCCCAUGGUACGUACGGUGCAACGUCUUGAUCUUCAGAUGAAGGUUUGGGCCCACAAAGAGGUCUGGGAUAGAAAAGGAACACAGAGAGAAGAAGAGCUCAGACUCUUGCACAACCAGCAUUCUCAAUCUGGAUGGAGAUCUGAUAGCUUAGCACUAGGCGGGAGCUUAAAGAGAUGA